UCUAAUUUUGUUGUUUUUCUUUACCACACAGAGGGGCUGUCUUUGAUCGGAAUUUUUUCUUCGUAGUGUGACAUCGGCACUUCAACAUUUCCUGACGAAAAGCUCUUUCGAGAGCAGAAUUAUCGAUGGAAAGUUGUUUCGUAGUUUAAGACUCGUCUACAGGGUGGAACUAGCAGCUUUAUAAACAGAAAGAUGGAGAGCCGCUUUGUUCUCGCAUGCAUGAUAUGCCUCGUCUUUCCUCAGUCCGCGUUUGGAUCGAACUUAGUGCUCGGAAGGGAAAGAUCUCCAGGACUGCCUAAAGAUAUCUCUACUACAGAUGUGGUAAAACCAGAGUUUGUCACAGAACCAGAAGAUAAGUUUGUCCUACCUAACUCACUGCCAGCCAAUUUGUUGUGUGAGGCCAGAUUUGUGUCAAACUUAAAUUUCCAUUGCACUGGUGGAUUAGUGCAGAGAAAAUUAUAUGAUAAUCAAACUGGGAAUAACGUGAAGUUGCUGAUUGUGGAAUUAGCUGUAUCUCCAGUCCUUGCGAAAAGCAAUGCUACUGAUGCUGUCUGCACCUGUGUGGCUACUGGUUAUCAAGGCCAAGUAAUAAAAAGUCGCCCUGCAGCUGUCAAAAAAGCUUAUCUAGAUGAAAAUGUUGUGAUUUCACCGUCUGUUGACACAAGAGUACCAAAAAAUACUUUGGUCACCUUGAAAUGCAAGCCUCCUGCAGGAGUUCCAAGACCAAUGGUCUCCUGGUGGAAAGAUGGCCGUCUCUUGGAUUCAAGCAGCAGAGGAGUUCUUUUCGGAACUGAUCCUAACUACCUUGAGGUUAUUAUAAAGAAGGCAAAAAUCUCACAUGGUGGGCUUUACACCUGUGAGGUAUCAAACCUUGCUGGAAGCCAAAAGAGCACUGCUAUCAAGUUGACAGUGUAUGUUGAUGGUGGUUGGUCAGAGUGGCAGGAAUUUUCACCCUGUAAUGCACCCAAAUGUGGAACUGGGAAAAAGAUGUUAAAACGCUCCUGUACAAAUCCUCAACCUCAAAAUGGGGGAGACUUCUGUGAAGGUUCUGUCAUCAAAUAUGAGCCAUGUCAAGACUUAUCUCCAGAUGUAAGUGUAACUUGCCCUGAUCCCAUCAAAGUAUUAGUCAACCAAUCAGAUGGGAGAUUGUUGAAUGUCUCUUGGAAUAAGCCUGUUGUUCACGGUGCAGUGAACGGUACAAAGGUCUCAUUGAAUGUUAUUCCUGAUUGGGCUGUCCCACCUGUGUUGUUUGAACAAAAAUAUUCAAUUUAUACAAUCAAGUAUUUUGCCAAGGAUGAAUGUAAGCGUGAAGUCAGUUGCUCCUUCAACAUCACAGUCUUAAAUGUGUCUGCCCCUGCGUGUCUAACCCCGGAUUGCAAGACGAUUACUGAUGCCUCAAGCUUAUCUACAGUUAGCACAAACAUUGAAUUGACAGAAACCACAGCUGUUAACUACAUAAUAUCCGUAGCUGUCUUAGCUGCAGUGGUGACAGUAUUUGUUACACUUUUGAUUAUCUAUUUACAACGCUACCGAAACUUACGUAAAAGAUAUGGCGCUUCAACCCACAAGCAGUAUGAAGGUCCAAAGGAUAUCAUAGAUCAUAAAAGAAUUGUGGUCGCUCGGUCUGCAUCUUAUGAAGAGGCCCCACCUCUUCCUGUAAAGUUGACUGCUGGAUCUCCAACUGGCCCGACAGCUUGUGACUUCCAGGGAGUAAGCGAACUUCCAGACAAGUCAGUGCAUGUUGAAAUUGAAGCUCACGUUGAUGGUGAAGGAAAGGAAGAUAGAGCUCGCAAUUUCAAGAGGACAUAUUCGUCUGUUAGCAACAAAUCGACAGCAUCUGAAAUCUCACGAAUGAUGUGGAACGUCUCCAACAUUCCGGAAAAUGCUGAUCCAAAAAUGGUGGCUUGUGGACUUGUCGAUCACAACGGAGGAAAAUUUACAAUAGGGAAUACUGGUGUGAGCCUAACUGUUCCAUCAGGAGCCAUCCCAGAGGGUCGUACUGAAGGAAUUUACGUCGCUAUCGUGGACCAAGAAAAGGAACAUCCAAAAAUUACCGGCAAACAGUCACUGUUGAGUCCAGUGGUAAAAUGUGGCCCCACUGGUCUGAAGUUUCAGCGGCCAGUGAUUUUGAGUAUACCGCACUGUGCUCUGCUUAAUGAAGGAGCUUGGAAGCUCAAAGUUCAGUAAAAUGAAAGUGAACCCAGCACAUCUGCAGACUGGAAGCAGCUGAUUGAUGUAGGCACCCAGGAUGGAACUGAGGAUUCACACGUCAUAGUGGAACCCAACACGGUUCAUGUGAUGGUGGAUCAUUUUACCCUCUUUGCUGUGGUUGGAGAGUCAGGGGCCAAUCAUAAAGCCGAGCGAGAUUUGCAGGUUUUGGCGUAUGUUACACCCCCAGAAGCCAAUGCAAACUGUGUCGUAAGAGUCUAUUGCGUUGAAGGCACUCCAGCAGCAAUUGAGGAUGUAUACAAUCACGAAACUAAAAAGUAUCGAGGUGAAACGAUCGAACCUCCUCAACAACUUCACUUCAAGGACGGCGGAGGAGAUCUUUUGGUCAAACUUACCGAUUGUGAAAGGGGGUGGCAUACCGUGAAGGAAACAAAGAAAAUUCAUUUCCGCGACAUAUGGGAAGGUAUUCACCGCUUACCGAAUGCCACGUUUGUGUUCUCCUCUCGUGACACAAGUGUGUCUGGAUUUAGUGCUCAAUUUGAAGUGCGACAGGAUUGUGAAAAUGGCGACGAAAGAGAAGUUAACGUUGUCACAACGGUCAAACGUGGACGUGAUGUGAGUUUGUUGAAAUUUGACUACUAG